GUGGCACAAUAGCACGCAUGGAUGAGUCUGCACAUGUGAGGGUCUCAUUCACCGUCUGUCAUGGAUUUGCCCCCUCACCUUCUCAGCUAACUGUCUGUCUGUACAUGCAGAGUGUGACGUGUCGACUCCUCCCUCCCCCUCGUCAAGCUAAGCUAGCUUAUCCCUCGGCGGCUCGGUUGCCGGUGUAGCCAUUCAGGUUGGGACCGUUAGCGCCGCCUGCCGACAGCACCGCCGGGGAGUUGCCUUGGGUGCCCGCCUCGAUGUCUGCCCCACCUGCCAACCACCAACACACACACAGACGAGAGAGAGGUGUUGGCAUUGGCACGAGCAGCUGACCAGCAGCCCCACAUACAUACCUCUGUCCGGAGCGUCCAGGUCAUCAGUCGAACCCAACUUGUGGCCAUGCCCACUGAACACCUGCACACGACACACACACACACACACACAGAUGGUCGGUCGCAUGAAUUCAUGCGUCGCUCGCAGAUGAAUCCACUAAAGUUGUGUUGCUGCCGGGUCCAUUUCAUUCGCUCACCUUGAAGCCUGCCGGCACGCUGGACCUGGCAUUGGGCUGAUAGAACGAACCUCUCUGAGACGUGUCUGUGGAGCUGGUGUCCUGCCGCCCGAUGGUGGUGUAGCCCAGCGCACGACUCGACGUCACAAAGCCGGGGACCUCCUUGACGAAGGGCAUGGCGUUCUCGAUGCGCUGCACGACCACAGCGGACGGCAGCAGAUACUUCAGAGGCCUGCAGGUAUACACAACGAUUGACUCCAUGACAUGACCGACACUGUGGGAGCCUUCCUUCUGUGUGCGCUGGUAGGCGUGUGCGGCCGUACGGUACCCGUAGUGUGUGAGUACGGCCACGAUGAGUCCGGCCAGGCCAGCCCAAUCGAUACUAACAGACAAGAGAGAAAAUAUGGCCACCAACAAGGGCGCAAACCAACUGACCACACAUGCCAUGCACCACAGACAGACAGGCGACGCGAACAGAUCGAAUUCCUCAUUCUGCAGAUGGGGCCAGCCACUUGUGCGUACCAGGCGGGGACGGUGAAUGGGAGAGGGAAUACGAGCCGGGGUACGUCAGGGGUCUUAAGGCAAUCGGCGUGGAGCAGGCAGAUCAAUAUCGACUAACGGCACAAACCACCACACAGCACAGCACCCCCACCAGUCAAGACACCAGAUGUGGGAGGGAGCGGGGCUGUGUGCUUACGAAUAGGCCCGAGUAGGGUCUGACGAGCAGGAUCAUGCCCCAGGAGGGGAUAAGUGCCCACACGAGCAGCACGCUCAGCACGAUACAGAUGUUGAUGGCCACGGACAGGAUGAAGAACCGCAUUGUGGUCUCCACCGUCCCCGUGUUGCUCUCGAUCUGCGCCAGAAAGACACCGCCCAGCAGCAUCAUCAGCAGCAACUCCUGCACACACCCACGCCACACACACAGACACACACACACAUACGGCAUGAACGACAGAUGGUGCGGCCCCGAUGGUUGGGCUCGUCAUGGUGCUCUGCUUACGAUGAUGUUGAAGUGCAUCAGAUGCGCGAGAACGAGCCUCUGGACGCCGCCAUGAAUGACGGCAGCAGGUAUGCAGGCGAAGGGCAGCUCCGCUCCGCACACCGUAGCGAUGAAGAGGAUCGGCAACGUCACCAGGAGGGCCCUGAGCAUCACACGGACACGGCAGAGAGGGGCGGCAUCCAUCCAUUCAGCGCCAAUAUGCAGCGGAGCUUGUGCUAACCUGGUGAGCAGCGGGCAGUUGAUGAACCACGACGUGAUGUUGGUGCCCAGGUCUCGCGAGUCCGACAUCGUGGCAGGGGAGGUUGCGCACUUUGCAC